AUGGCGUCGUUUCUGACGCACUGCGGUUGGAACUCCACCAUCGAGGGGCUCAUGUUCGGGAGGCCCUUAAUCAUGCUGCCCAUCACCGACGGCGGCGACCAAGGGCCCAAUGCGCGGCUCAUGGAAGGGAAGAAGGUGUUGGAAUUUUGGAAGGUCGGGGUGCGGGUGGUGAGAGAUGGAGAUGAUGGGUUGUUUCACCGGAAAGGCGUCGCCGCCGCGAUCCAGGCUGUUGCCGUGGAGGAAGAAGGAAAGAGGGUGUUUGCUGCCAAUGCCAAGAGGAUGCAGGAGAUUGUAGAGGACAGAGAGUGCCAUGAGAGGUACAUUGAUAGAUUUGUUCGGAGGCGGCAAUGA